GUAGUGCUGGAGCCGGCGCCCGGCAGCUGCCUCGCGGGCCGGGGCGGCGCGGCGAAGCUGCAGGCACCAGCAUGGAAGCAGGCCCAGUAGAGAGCCUGUCGGUGGUGUACCAGAGCCAGGAUUUCCUGGUGGUGAACAAGCACUGGGACCUGCGCAUCGACAGUAGGAUGUGGCGUGAGACCCCCACCCUCCAGAAGCAGCUGCGCCUCCGCUUCCCCGAGUUAGCGGACCCUGACACCUACUAUGGGUUCAGGUUCUGCCACCAGUUGGACUUCUCCACCAGCGGGGCCCUCUGUGUGGCCUUGAACAAGGCUGCAGCGGGCAGCGCUUACAAGUGCUUCAAGGAGCGCCGUGUCACCAAGGCUUACUUGGCUCUGGUACGGGGACACGUCCAGGAGAGCCGGAUGACCAUCAACUAUGCCAUCGGCAGGAACAGCACAGAGGGUCGGGCUCACACCAUGUGCAUCGAGGGUACACAGGGCUGUGAGAACCCAAAGCCAAGUGUCACCGAGCUGAUGGUCUUGGAACACGGGCUGUACGCGGGCGACCCCGUCUCCAAAGUGCUGUUGCAGCCCCUCACGGGCCGGACGCACCAACUGCGCGUGCACUGCAGCGCCCUCAGUCACCCCGUCGUGGGGGACCUGACCUACGGGCAGGCGUCGGGCCGGGAAGACCAGCCCUUCCGCAUGAUGCUGCACGCGUUUUACCUGCGCAUCCCCACCCACACCGAGUGUGUGGAGGCCUGCACGCCAGAUCCCUUCGUGCCCACGCUUGAUGCCUGCUGGAGCCCCCACACCCUGGUGCGGUCACUGGACCAGCUCGUCCAGGUCCUGAGGGCUGCUCCCGACCCUGAGCCUGCGGAAGGGAGCCCCGGACCUUGCAGCACUCCCACACCCUCCACCAGGCCCCCCGAGACAGAGGCACAGCGGGCGUCGUGCCUGCAGUGGCUGUCAGAGUGGACACUGGAGCCUGACAACUAAGGGCACCACGGUGGGUGGGAGCGCCAGCUGGGACCACUAGGGGUGGGGGCUUCAGGGGAGAAC